AAAAAUUGCAAAUUUGAAUGUUCGAUGUACAUGUACACAUUAUUUUACUAUUAUCCAAACAAAAAUACAAAAUGAUGUUUUUGAAUAAACAUAUAUAACUUGAACAGCUUACAAAUCCAGAAUGUCCUUUACGAUUCUUUGUUCAUUUAUAUUAACUUUUUAUCUAGUAAUAUGGUUCUUUGAUUCAUUUUUUAAGAGCUGCAUGCAUUAUCCAUAUUAUGCAUUCCUUGAAGGUACUGGUCUCCAAGUGGGAAUACUAAAUUUUUGCUGGACAACAUCUGCCUUUAAUAGAUUCUUGUACAGAUGGAGUAAAAAUCUUGCUAGAUUAUUAAGAAAAUGGUUUUCUUUCGGAUAUUAUAUAACAGUUUGCUUAUUUCUCCCAUUUUCAAUUUGGACAUUAGUUUCAUUAAUAAUUGAUAACUUUACUACUAGUAUACAAAUGGGUGUAACAGAAGUGAAAGCUAUGUUGCCAGGAGUGAAUAUUCCGGCUUCAGAUUUCUGGAUUUACUUCUUGGCUAUUGGAUUGGGAACUGUGUUCCAUGAGUUAGGACAUGCAUUUGCUGCAGCACAAGAAGAUGUACCAAUAGUUUCAGUUGGGGUGUAUGUAUUUACAAUUAUUCCAAUAGCAUUUGUAAAACUUAAUACGGAGCAGUUGAACAGUCUACCAAUAAUCAAAAGGCUUAAGAUAUUCUGUGCAGGUGUAUGGCAUAAUAUUGUCCUCUCAUUUUUUGCGAUGACAUUAUUUUUUAUAACUCCAGUAUUGUUCAGUAUUGCCUAUAAAACUGACAUUGGAGUUAGAGUAACAGAUAUUACUGCAGAUUCACCUCUAAAGGAUGCUAGAGGUCUAGAUAGAGGCGAUGUUAUAACGGCUAUAAAUGCAUGCAAUAUCAAAGAUUCAUAUGAUUGGUCAUACUGCCUUCAUGUAGCACAUGAUAGAUUUGGUAUAUGCACUAGUGCUGAAUUUAUUGCUCAAAACGACGAAAUCAUAGUGGAAACUGUUAAAGAAUACGGUGUUAUAGAAUGCUGCAGGAAAGAUGAUCACUACAGCUUCUGUUUUGAGUAUAUGGAACCUAAAGUUGCUGUGGACUCAGUGUUGCCAGGCCAAUAUUCUUGUCUGAGGCCGAGGGAUAUGGUGAAGGAGAAACUGGUAAAAUGUACUGAAGUUGGAGGAUACACAUGCCCUCAGAAUAUGCAUUGCUUAAAGCCAUCUUUAAACAAUCAUACAUAUUUUAUAAUUAUUGAAAGGGAAGACAACAAUGCUGUUAUAUUUUUGGGCUGGCCGUAUGAUAUUUACAGAAGUGUCUUUGUUGACCAAUAUUUCCCUCGUCUGAGUGUUUUCUCAAUCUUCUCGCCAACCCAGUGUGAGAAACUGCUUAAAUUUGUGUUUUUGUUCUCUAUGGGUAUUGGUUUUAUUAAUAUUAUUCCUUGUUAUGGCACUGAUGGACAUCAUAUUGCUAGGAAUCUUAUACAAAUGUUAGCAAGAUUCUUAAAUAAAAGUGGUGAUUUUGUAAAUGUUUUCACAUUUUUAACAGUAUUGGUAGGUACGGGUGUUACAGUGCCUAUGUUAAUUUAUUUAUUUUACAAAGCAAUAUUUUUGGAUGAAUUAAGUUAUUAAACUUAAGUGUUUCAUUAUGUAAAUAGUUACACCAAAUUUAGUCAUUCUUGUUUUCAAUAGAAUUAAGUACCUAGUUAUUUAUUUUAAUAUUAUGCACAUAGUUAUUGUGAUACUUAAGUAUACAAAUUAUUAUAAAUACAUUGCACAAAAUAUGAAA